AUGAUGACACCUUUUGCUGUCCUCUUUCUGUCAGUUGCUAUAAUUGAAUCCCUGGCAGGAAUUCUAGGAAAUGGAAUUAUCUUGGCUGCCAGUUCAUCGAGCUGCAUUGGGAGCAAGACAUGGCCCCCAUAUGAUAUGAUUGUGAUCUCGCUGAGUUCAUCUAGAUUGAUUUUUCAGUUAUGGGCUACACUGGAUUUCUUAAUAAUUAUAUUUUGUGAACCCUUCUUUUAUAAAGAAAACCUGCUAACACUUACCAAGGUAAUUUUUACGCUUCUGAGCUACUCCAGCCUCUGGUUUGGAGCCUGGCUUAGUGUCUUCUAUUGUAUCAAGGUUGCCAGUUUUACACAGCAUUUCUUCAUCUGGCUGAAGCUAAGAAUUGCCAGGCUGGUGCCCUGGAUGCUGCUCACAUCAUGGCUCUGCUCCUUCGCUGCUGCAAUUCCCUUUGCCUGGGAUGUCUACAGUGUGCACGAGAACUUCACUGCUCCUUUGUCCAUGACAAACUCUUCAGCAAGGAGAACCACAUGGAAUGACAGAUUGGAUUUAUUAAUUAUCCUCUGUAAUGCCAGUAUAGGUCUGCCUUUAAUGUUGUCUGUUGUUUCAAAUAUCCUGCUGAUUCGGUCUCUGUGGAUACACACUAGACACAUGCAAAAUAAUGCAAGUGGCUUUGGGGAUCCCAGCUUAGAGGCUCAUAUGAAAGCCAUCAAGUCAGUCUUUUCCUUCCUUAUCCUUUACAUCAUAUUUUUUAUUUGUGUGCUUAUCAUUGUAUUCAAUGCUUUUUUACCUUUAAGCAGUGGAGAUUUACUCUCUGCAGUUUUAAUGGCUGCCUGCCCUACAGCACACACAUUCGUCUUACUUUGGAGCAAUCCAAAAUUUCAAGAGUUGCCAGCGAGGAUUUGGCAACACAUUAAGUGUCAUGUUAGAACUGCAUCCGUGUAA